GAUUAAAUAAGACUCAACUGGCCCCGUUCUUCUGCGACUGCUGCCCAUCAGUGACCUCAUCGAGCGUCUCCGAACAGUCCGCUCUUAACCUGCUCUUCCUGGUCAUAUUUCAUACAUUCGAGGUAUAACGUCUAAAGAUACAAAGAAAGGAUUAAAACGGCAAGAUGAGCUCACUGAAUGUGAAGAAGCUGAAAGUGAACGAGCUGAAGGACGAGCUGAAGAAGAGGAGUCUGAGCGAUAAAGGGCUGAAGGCUGAGCUGAUGGCGCGGCUGCAGGCCGCUCUGGAUCAGGAGGCGCUGUCCACCAACGGCUCUGACGGACAGUACGAGGAUGGAGGCGGCCUCGGGUACAUGGGCGAUGAAGACCUCGAGGAAGACCUGGCUGGAGAGAGUAUGGAGGCUGAGGAGGAGGAUGGAGAUAACUCGGAGGCUGGGGAGCAGCAGGAUGAUGACAUGGAGGAGGAGGAGGAGGACGCAGGGGUAGAGCUGGAUAAAUCAGAUGAAGAUGAAGAUGUCCUGCUUAAAGAAGACGAUGAGGAGAUGGAGAAAUUUGAUGAGGAUGAUGUGGCUCUCGACAUGGGCCCUGGCGAGGGGGAUGCAGACAAGAAUGAUGAACGGAAGAAUAAGAAGUGUGUAAAGAGACGCCGAGAUGAACAUGGAAGGGGCUACUUUGAAUUUAUUGAAGAAAGCAAAUACAGCCGGGCAAAGUCUCCCCAGCCUCCACUGGAAGAAGAGGAUGAAGAGUUUGAUGACACAGCUGUGUGUUUGGACACCUACAACUGUGACCUGCACUUCAAGGUGUCUCGGGAUCGGUAUAGCGCCUCCUCACUCACUAUGGAGAGCUUUGCUUACCUGUGGGCCGGGGGACGGGCAUCUUACGGUGUGGCAAAGGGCAAGGCUUGCUUCGAAAUGAAGAUUAUAGAGAAGAUUCCUGUAAAACACAUUUCCAGUAAAGGAAUUGAGAUUCAUGAUGUUUUGGUGGGUUGGUCACUGGCCAGUAGCUCUCUUCUGCUAGGGGAGGAAGCACACUCAUAUGGCUUUUCAUCUAAGGCCAAGAAAACCAGCAACGGUGUGACGGAGGACUUUGGGGAGGCUUUUGAUGAGAACGAUGUUGUCGGUUGCCUUAUUAACUUUGAUGCUGAAGAAGUGGAAAUUUCUCUCUCCAAGAAUGGACAGGAUCUGGGAACAGCUUUCAAAGUCAGUAAGGAUGAGUUGGAGGGAAAGCCAUUCUUCCCUCACGUCCUCUGCCACAACUGUGCUGUUGAGUUCAACUUCGGCCAGCGUGAAUCCCCGUUUUUCCCCCAACCUGAAGGCUUUACGCUCCUGCAGCAGAUCCCUGUGUGUGAUCGUAUCAGAGGACCGAAGGGACCCGAGACCAAAGAAGACUGUGAGGUCAUUGUCAUGGUCGGACUGCCUGGAUCAGGAAAAAGUGAAUGGGUUACAAAGCACACCCAAGCCAAUCCUGAAUAUAAAAACAUUCUACAAAAACAGAUUACAAUCAUAGAGAAGAUGAUGAUUUCCAGUUUGAAGAGACAGAUGAAAGAUGUCACAAAGCUCUCAGCAAUAUCUCAGCGUGCUCCCCUCUUCCUCGGGAAAUUCAUCGAGAUCGCAGCACGGAAAAAACGCAACUACAUACUUGACCAGACUAAUGUAUCAGCACCAGCCCAAAGAAGAAAAAUGUGCCUGUUUGCUGGUUUCCAGCGUAAAGCAGUGGUAGUCUGUCCGACAGAUGAGGAAUAUAAACAGAGGACUCAGAAAAAGGCAGAAACAGAUGGCAAAGAUGUACCUGAACAUGCAGUCCUAAAAAUGAAGGGAAAAUACACACUGAAUAUGUAAGAUCAGUGCUUCAGUGAAGUGCUUUAUGUCGAGUUGCAGAAAGAAGCUGCUACCAAACUUCUUGAACAGUACAAGGAGGAGAGCAAAAAUUCCCUUCCUCCUGAGAAGAAGCCCAACCAGGGAGGGGUUCAACCAAAGAGGGGAGGCAUUCGGGGACGAGGAGGCAAAAAUCUGUUCAACCGUGGUGGAGGAGGACAGGGUCAGAGGGGAGGACGAGGAGGCUUUCAAAACCGAGGCAACUUUAGGGGUGUGCCUGGACUUCGUGGUGGGUUUACCAGACCACCGAGAGGUUUCCUUCCUCCCCCUGCCUUCCGAGGAGGCUUCAACCGGGGCAGUUUCAACCACGGCGGUAGAAUGCCUUACAGAGGUGGCGCCCCCAGGCCGGGACCUGGACGUGGCAAUAUGGUUAACAUGGGCAACAGAGGAGGAGCCAUGAACAGGGGCAACAUGGGACGAGGGGGAGGGGCCAACCGGGGCAGCUUCAACCAGAAAUUCAGGGGUCGAGGAGGAAAUAAUCAAGGUUUUAAAAAUGGCAACUUUAGCAUGAACAAAGCACAAGCUUUCAACCAGAGCUGGCAACAAGGGUUCUGGAAUCAGAAACCAUGGCGUCAGCAGUACCAUCCUGGAUAUUACUGAAUCAUAGCUGUGAUGGACUGAUAUCACAUGAAGAGCAUCAGCUUUAACUUCAGAAUCAAAUGUUCAUUUUAUCUAAUGUCCUUUUGUUUUUGUACAGAUUUUAAUAGGACAUUUCAUAUUGGGAGCUUUCAGAGCUUUAUAGGUGACCUGUUACAGUUUUAUAAAUGAAUAUUUUAUGUUUGUCUUUGACCGCAGGUUCGUAUGACAAUGCGGUUCAAUUCAGGAAUCUCAGAAUUACUUCAGGGUAGGAUGUUUGUCUUUAAAAACUUUCAGGGUUCAGAAUUUUAUGUUUAAUUAGACUCUGUGUGAAUCUUUGUGUAGCAGUAAAGCUCCAUAACAUAAGAGUCGUCAAGGCACUUUGCAGUUAUAUGAAGAAAAUCUGUCCUGCUGCAAUAAUAUUUUUAUUUAAAAGAACAUGAAACAUGAAGGCCUAUAAACUAAGAUACUGAAAUUUGGAGUAAGUCUUGUAUAUAAGGUCUAGUCAGCUUUUGCAAAGAAAAUGAAUUGAAAUAACUGGAAAUUUCAAUGACAGUUGUGUAAUAGUUUAUUGUGUAACCUCUUCAUUGGAUUAGAAUUGAAUUUAGAAAGUGUUAAUUUAAAAGCAGUCCAUCGCCUGUACAAAAAUGUUUGUGUAAAAACAUUUUACAAACAAAAGUAGGUGCUAAACAGUCUGUACCUGUAAAAUCUGUCCAGUGUGGAAAAGCAAUGUUGUCUUGUUUUACAUGUGUGUUUUCAGUGUGGUUUAAUAUUUUUGAGGACAAGCAAAGCUUUGUAAAACCAUCAGAUUUUGAAAAUUAUAUUUUUUUCUGUAGGGAGCAAUAAACAGAAUUUUUGAUUCUUUGCCACUAAAAAUAAAAGCAGAAAUGAUGCUUUUAUUGUUGCGGGUUUAGGAUAUUACUUUUUGUAGUAAUUUUGCAUUAAGUGCAUUAAGAACUUUUUUUCCAGCUGUAUUUCUUUUUAAAAUUCAAUGUAUUAUUUUGAAAUGCGGCUUACUACUCCUUAAUGAUCUUAACUUAGGUUAAAAAUUAUAACAUAUUUUGGUCUUUUUUUUAUUUUUUAAGUGUAUGCCUGUUUAACACAACCUUAGCUGUGACCCCAUUUUUAUAGGCCUGUAAAAAAUGUGUAGUUUGCUUCAAAAUUAUAGCAAUUAACCAGAAUUUUGAACUACAUCAUCUUACUUAAAACAGUGAUUAUACAAUUAUUUUAUAAUAGUGUUGUCUUUAUAGUAAAGCUCUCAAAUGAUGCCAGGAUGCCAUUGUGGACUGUUAACAAUAGACUGAUUUUCUAAUGCUUUAAUAGAAAAAUGUGUAAUUAUUGUAACUGCAAACAAAUGCAAAUAUUAACACAAUUAUAACAUGUUCGACAGUUUCUUUCUUUUAUCCAUAAUUCCCACAACAGAAACACUACUGCCUAGCUAUUAUUUUUACUAAUAGUAUUAUUACUUGUCCUUCUGUUCUUCAGUUAAAGAAAUACUCA